AUCCGAAAGAACUUCAAGGCUUAGCACAUUUGUGUGAGCACAUGCUCUUUAGGGGCACAAAAAAAUAUCCCAUAGAUAAUGAAUUUUUGCAGUUCAUAACAAAAAAUGGUGGUCGUUCUUGUGGUUAUACGUCCCGCGGUUAUACAAACUAUUAUUGUAACUCUACAACAGAUACUCUCUGGGAACUAUUGGACAGAUUUUCCAGAUUUUUCUCCGAGCCAUUAUUCAGUGAGAGUUCGGUUGAAAAAGAAAUCUAUGCUGUUGACUCUGAAUUUGAAAAUUAUAAAGCUGAUGACGAUUGGCGUUUGAAACAACUAAAACAAAAUUUGGCUGUCCCAAAUCAUCCUUUUAACCAUUUUGCAAUAGGUAACAAGCAAAUAUUGUGGGAUAUUCCAAAGGAAAAGAAAAUAAAUAUUUGUCAUGAACUAAAGAAGUUUCAUUCAAAAUGGUAUUCUUCGCAUUUAAUGAAUCUAGCUGUACUUGGAAAAGAGGAUUUAAACACUUUGGAAGAAAUGGUUGUAUCAAUAUUUAAAGAUAUUAAAAAGAAAAAUAUUUCUCUGCCGUCAUGGACUAACCCAAUUUAUAAAGAAGAACAGCUUGCAACUAAGACUAUUGUAGUUCCAGUAAAAGAUAUUAGAGCACUAAUAAUUAACUUUCUUCUUAAAGAUCAGCAACCAAACUAUAAGAGCAUGCCGACUGAUUAUUUGACCGCGCUAUUCAGUGACAAAGGUCCAUAUGGUAUUUCGUCUGUCCUAAAAAAAAAACGAUGGUCUACCGGAGUGAUGGCCUAUAACAUAAACGAAACUAGAGGCAUAGAGUAUUAUGAGAUUUACGCUGAAUUAACAGAAUUUGGAUUGGGUCAUGUUGAUGACAUAGUCAAGUUAAUAUUUCAGUAUGUGAAUAUGUUAAAACGAAUUGGCCCUGUUGAAUGGUUCUAUAGAGAAACUAAAGAUACUCAAACCAUGGAUUUUUGUUUUAAAGAUAAAGAACUGCCAUUUGACUAUGUACGUACGCUUACACCUCAGAUGAUAAGAUAUAAAAUGAGAGAUGUUUUGAUAGCUGAAAAUUUAAUAGAAGAUUGGAAACCAGAAUUAAUAAGAGAACUUUUGACUUAUUUUACACCAGGCAAUAUGAGAAUAACAGUUAUUUCCAAAACAUAUCAAAACCAGACUAAUGCAGUAGACAAAUAUUUCGGGACUCAGUAUUCUGUAUUUAAAAUACCAGAGGAAACUCUCAAGAACUGGCGUAAUGCUGGUUAUUGCGAGUAUCUUAAACUGCCAUUGAGUAACCCAUACAUGGCUCAAAAUUAUUCCCUAGUUCCAAUUAAACAUAACGAACCCGAAAUCCCUCAACUAGUUCAUAAUACUUCGAUUAUGAGGAUUUGGUUAAAAACAGAUACAGUUUUUAGACUUCCCAAAGCAUAUAUUUCAAUAGAAUUUUACAGUCCUAUCGUUGCGGUUGAUCCAUUCAAUUGUAAUAUUAUGGAUAUUUUUGUGAGACUAUUUAAUGAACAUUUCAGUCUACACUCGUGCGUGGCACAUAGAGCUGCACUUGAUACAACAAUGAAAUCCAGAACUUUCGGAUUUAACAUUAAAUUUGGCGGUUUCACUCACAAGAUGCAUCAUUUAAUGAAAAAAAUAAUUAAAAAAUUGUUUACGUUCAAGAUUGAUCCAAAACGUCUUGAAAUUAUUAAAGAAGAAAAAAUACGAGAUUUGAACAAUAUAGAUAUGGAGGUUCCGUAUGAAAGUGCAAUGCAGUACAGUUCUCUGAUUCUGUCAGAAGUAGCAUGGAGUCCUUUUGAAUUACUAAGAUUUUUUCACAAUAUAAACGUCGAGGUCGUCCGACACUUUAUCGAUAACUUUUUAACGCACAUGUUUAUUGAAGCAAUGUUGUACGGUAACUUAGACGAUCGAAUGGCAUCAAUCCUUAUCCAUGAAUUGAAGGAAGUAUGUUUGUUACGUGGAGGAUUUCGCCCUUUAGUGCCAAGAGAAAUGAUCAGAUCAAGAGAAGUCGAAAUGAACGAUGGUGAGAACAUGUUGUACGAACAUGUUAACCCUGUUCACAGCAGCUCGUGUGCUUACGUUAACCUGCAAUGCGGUAUUGAGAAUACGAAGAAUUACUUAUUAGUCAGAAUGUUUAAACAAAUCAUCGGAGAGCCGUGCAAUAACACUUUGCGUGUACAGGAAAAACUUGGAUACGUGGUCAAGAGCCGUGUUCAAAAAUCAUAUGGUGUACUGUAUGUUUGCAUCUUUGUACAGUCAGACCGCGACCCUGCAUUCAUUGACUCCAGGAUUGAACAUUUUUUGAGCACUGUUGAGGGGUUAUUGAAGGACCUUUCCGAAACAGAAUUUAUUAAGCAUAGAGAGUCCUUAUCCAUAAGACUAUCAGAGAAGCCAAAGGGCCAGAUCGAGCAGGCUAAGAUAUACAGGUCGGAAAUUAUCAAUCAAUGCUAUAAUUUCAAUCGAGUGAAAAUCGAAGUAGAAGAGUUAAAAUUGAUUACUAAAAACGAUAUUAUCGACUUUUAUAAUGAAAAAAUCAGUCGUACUGGGUCGAAAAGGCGCAAAUUGGCUGUACACAUCAAAACUCCAAUGAAUGACACGAUUGAUAAACUUAAGUCCAGCAGCAAAUGUCCAGCGAACAACGAUUCGUUCGCGACCAUGAACGUCCAAAAAAUCAAUGAUAUAAACGAAUUCAAGAGAAGUCAUCGGUUGUAUCCGGUGCCGAGGUCUUUCACACCCAUUGGAUCCGAUGGAAUAGAGUACCCAGAUGAUAAAGAUUUUACGUUCUAUGAAGAGGAGCAAUUACGACGCAGGACCAAAAUGUCUGAAGCUGCAUCCUACAGUACAUAGUAAUAAUAAGCUCCAGUUACAUAUUAUUAUAUUCUACUCAGGCGGUACUCUUUCUUGUGACUCGUCCCGUAAUCCACUCAAUAUGGAAAGCUUCUCUGCAUUUUCAAUAAAAUAUCUUAAAAAUGUAGUCUUAUAUAAUAUUAUAGUAAUACCUAGUUAAUAUAGUAAUUAUUAUAGGAAA